UAUGACUCAUUUGUGGCGAUGAUAAGGACCAGACGACGGAAAACUUUCUUCAAUAUAAAUAUGACACAGUUCGGCAUUAAACUGUCACAAUCACAAAAAAGAUUGAAAACGAAAAGAGAAAUGCACAAGGUUGCCGUAGUUGUUGUCUGUGCCCUGGUGGCCAUUGUAUCCGGUGUCGAGGUACAAUUGAAUCACUUUGAGCCUCAGGAUAUCUAUGCUGAGCCCAAUUGUGCAAUUGUCAAAGAUCACAGCCGCAUGUUCCGUGAUAUUUCUGAUCCCACCCACUAUUGGAUCUGCCCCGAAGGACAAGAAAAGGCCUCCUACAUCCAAUGUCCACCCAAUGAGGCUUUCAUGGAAAAGCCACAAAGAUGUGUUCCCUGGGAGGAAUGGAAGUGGGUUGAACCUUACACCAAAUAAAUUGAAAAUAUUUAAUUGGAUUGGGAAUUUGAGUGAAUAAGGAUUUUAGAAAAAAUAAAUUGGUAAACGAAAAUGA